AUGAGCGAGGAGGCCUUGAGCGAACUUCAUCCUCUCCUCCAGGAUGACGACUUCGACUCCAUACCAGUCUAUCCGAUAAUUCAUAUGAUACGCCAGCAUUUCAUAGAUACUCCGCUCUCGUAUGAUGCCUUGUGCGCACCCGACCUCACUUACACCUUAAUCAAGCCCUUGGAAGACAAGUAUGCAAAUAUUCAGCGCAAAGGAAACUACUCGGUCGUUUUCUGCUUCCUCCUGAACCGCGUCAAUUUCCUCCGCGACCAAAAUCUUGUUACCUCUUCCCUUUCACGUUCUCGAGCCGCUCUGUGCGAGCUAAUGGCUAAUAGACUUCUCCGACUAUAUGGUGAUAACACACUUGAACUUGCAUUCGUCACUACUACUAGCUGGCGAGUUUAUUCUGGUGCAGACGAAACACUCUUGAAACAGUUGCUCGAAGACCUUGAAAUUGACGACGUUGAGGAACGUGUUGGUAAUGCCAUUGAAAUGGCUAUUAUCGGAAAGGCAAAACGAUUUAUCAAAAGCACGGCAUGCCAGAGAGUAAUCGAUAGUAUCUGGACUGGCAAAUGCGUAUAUCAGGCUCAAAGCAGCCACUCUAUUCUGUCCGAUACAUACAAACAAACCCCAAUUCAUUUCUAUGAUCCACAUAAGGCACCCUUGCUGGAUCAUUAUCGCUUAAAAGUACCUGCUAUACGAUCCGUUCUGGAAUAUGUCAAUUUCUUGACACUCUUUAUCCUUUUCGUUCUUGUCUUGGAGUUCAACGAGCGUGACCAUUUGAACUGGAUAGAAAUCGUUUUCAUGAUUUACGCUUUGGGUUUCACGUUGGAGAAGGUCGCUGCCAUGCAAGAACACGGCCUGAAAGUUUAUUUCACUGGGACGUGGAACGGCUUUGAUCUUUGUCUAAUCACAAUAUUCGUAAGCUACGCAUCCCUGCGGCUCACAGGCUUUCGAUAUGGAAAUGCAUGGGCAAAGUCAAGUGGCAUAGACUGCCUAGCUCUUGCUGCGUGCCUUCUCUUUCCGAGGCUGGCAUUCGUAACACUUAAGAACAAUCUAAUGGUUCUGUCGUUACGGGCAAUGAUCAUGCAAUUUGUGGUCCUCAUGUUCAUUGCCGCCUUCUGCUUCGCGGGUUUCCUAUACGCCUUGUGGACACUUGCGAGAAACGAUGCAAGCUAUACUGCGGGUGACAUAUUCUGGUGGAUGGCUGACCUAUGGUUUGGCCUCGACGCGACGGGCUUCGCAUUAUCAUCAACGUUCCAUCCAUACUUUGGACCAGUCUUGAUGAUCUCAUACGCUUGCUUGAGCAACACGCUGCUUCUGACAGUGCUGGUAUCUAUUCUAUCGCAUACAUUCGCGAGUAUUAGCGAAGAUGCUGUUGCUGAGGCAAUGUUUCGCCGAGCGGUCCUUACAAUUGAAGGCGUAAAAGCAGACUACCUUUUCUCAUAUCAGCCACCAGUAAAUGUCAUCGCUCUUUGCAUCAUGCUUCCAGCAAGUUAUGUGCUAUCGCCAAGGUGGUUCCAUAAAGUCAAUGUGUUCAUGAUAAGGCUUACGAGCUUCCCACUUUUGUUGGUUAUAGCGUACUAUGAGCGCCAGGCAAAACAGGUCCAGGCUGCGAAUUUCUCCGAAGCUGUCUCUGCGACUGCAGAAAGGGUGAUGGAAACUCUACCGCGAAGUAUCAAGAGAAUGUCAUUCUUUGAGGGAUUCUUUGCAGGAAAAGCUUCAGAUAUUGACGUCAUUUUUGAUAUUGAGGAGGAGAUGAUGCAAGCAAACAACGAGAUAGCUCUGGAUACACAAGAAGCCGAGAGUGCGACUUCAUCAAAGCGUAAUGGAGCACUAUCACAACGGCGCGGUUCGACAGCAUCACGCAGGGUGUCUGCACAAAGCGCACGACCAAUGAAAAUAAUCCCCUCAAAUUCAUCUGCUUUAUCAAAUGCUAGCCAAGAUGGACAGGAAGCAGGGUCACCGCCAACUCCUACGAAGGGAUUCCGAAAACGUCUAGCUUCUGCGAUGCAACGAGGGACAGAAGCAGUGAAUACCUUCACGAGCCCACUCGCCCAGAUUUAUCAGCCGUUGGUAGUGGAUGACGACAUCGUGGAAGAAGAGAUGGCAUCCUCACCGUCACAGCCAGCUGCACCUCCUAUGAUGAGUUUCGCCCCAGGCGUACGACGGCGUCUCUCUUCUAUGCAUAGGUUUCCACCGGUGGCCCCUAUGGACGCACAAAGGCGCAUGAAUAGCUCGAGAGGCCAAAAUCGGGACGGGCAUCUCUUAGACGAUGUGAUGUCAGAAGAGAGUCCAAGUUCCAUGGAGAACCUCGUCCGCGAACAAGAAGAGCGUGCAAAGGAGGAGGAAGGCAUCACUCCUCCGGAACCAGCUAGUCAAGUCCUUGAAGGUGGUGGUGAAGCAACGCCAGGAGGAUUGGUCCCGCAAUUCGCUGAUCGACUGGCUAAAAUCGAAGAACGACAGAUGCGAUUAGAGGAAUUGAUUUUACAGUUAUCCGAGCACCUUCGUUCGGCGAAGUAACGAGAGUGAAAAUGGUGAUUCUUUUUUUAUGGUUAUAUUUCCGCUGUCUUGUCCGUUGCAUCUGCAUCUGUAUCGUACUAUCGUACCUCAUCAUACAUCACACUUCACAAAAUGUGAUCAUCUUCUUGAUAAUCAUACACGU